UUCAAGUUUAAUUAAAUUAGUUCACUUUUGUGUAGGUUUUGAUAUCGUGACGAUCGAAAAACAAGUAAAAAUCGUGAAAAAUGAAUUCGAGCCUGAAAUUUUUAAACUUUUCGCCAAAUUCUUCAAAAAUGAAUGCUCCAUUAGCGGAAUCAACAGCAAUAGGAAGUCCACUGGCUAAGCAACUUCAAGGGAAUUCAAAACGAAAAUCAAUAUCUCCAAUAGCCAAUGCAAGUAAGCUGAGAUCUGGCGUUAAAAUCGAUCCACAUGUACUUACAGAUGCUCAAAGUAACGGAAUCGUAUCAAGAUUAGUCAAGUAUUAUGAUCAGUCAAAUGAGCCAGAGAAGAGUAAGCCUGUAUAUAGCAAGUUUGGAGAUUUUCCAAUAGUUCAAUUAAAGAAAACAGAAUUAAAAAGAUCAAUUUCUCGGUCAACAUCAGUGAGGAUUGCUCCACCGAAUAAGACUGUCAUGAAUCCAAAUUUAAGAGCCGCAAUCAUGAGAAGUAGCUCAUUUCAAUUGAAUAGUGGAUUACCGAAAAUAGUUCCAACUAAAAUGAGAGCAAGAGAUGAUUCACAUAAAAUUAUUACAAAUCAUGAGCCAAUUACUGAUCCUAAUUAUCCAGUUUCAUCAAAAAGUGUUCUAGAUGCUCUCGAAAAGAAUUGUCGAAAGAGAAUUAAUAAUGAGGAAUUGAUAUUAGAUAGAAGUAAGAAAGUGUGUGCUCCAAUCAUACCAGAUUCUGUUGAUUCUCCAAAAGAAUUUAUGACAAUUCCGCAAUCAGCAAAGAGAAAUCGUGAAGAAACAUCGCCAGACAAUUCAUAUACAAGGGCUGUUUUAGAUAGCACGAAUAAUCAACAAUCGAAACGAGUAAAGACUAAAAAUAAUGCAUUAUUAAGUUCCUUGAGUUCAAGCCAUUAUAAAUUACCAGCACUCAGUUCGAGUUUGCAUAACAAUUCAAGAACUUCAUCAGUUGCUCCUUCCUUACCGCAAGUAAUGACUUCAAAACAAAAGGAUGUUGAGAUUAUUAAUGAGGAAGUUAAUAAAGUGAAAAUCGAUGAUGCAAAAGCCAGUGAAUUAAAGCCACAAAACGAAGUUGAGCCUCCAACGAAAAAGCUUCAAUUAUUUAACACACGACCUGAUCCAAAUGCAGCUUUUAAUCGUGCAAAAUUCAGAGCUCUUGAUGAUAAUGCAGACGAUGAUGAUGAUGAUGAAAUAAAAAUCCGAUUUGUUAAGCCAAAAGAAAAGGUUUUGGAAAAUUAUGAAGUUAUUAAUUAUGUUGAAAAAGACAAGCUUAACAAAAUGCUGAAAGGAUUAAGUCAAGGAAUAAAAUCACCAGAAAAAGGAAUUCAAGAAAAAGGCAAAGACACAAUAGAUUCAAAAAUUACAUCAGCUUCUGUGCAGCCUGUUGCCUCAAUAUCGUUCACAACAAGCACUACGAGCUCAUCAAUAGCUCCAAUUUCGACGCCUGCAUCUACGUCAAAUUCUGUCAUAUCCACUAAUUCAUCAUCAAUUUUAAGUAAUUUGGUUAGUGAUAAGAAAGAUGCAGAAUCUAGUGCUUCUAUAACAUCUACAAUUCCUUCUUUAAUAUCUACUUCAACAGUUUUAUCGAUAACUUCUUCUAGUUCAAGCUUAACAUCAACAGAAUCCACGAUUUCGAAACCAAAUAUUGGUGGCUUUUCGUUUGGAUUUUCAGCAGCAACAACGACGCAAAGUGAAAUUCCUAAAAGUACUUCAAGCAUUAUUUCAUCGGUUAUAACUUCUACUGCUGCUCCAAAUACAUCCAUUGUGUCACCAAUGGGAAUUCAAUCUAAACCUCUUUCUCCUUUAGCACUUUUUGGUAAUAAUCCUAAAUCGGAUUUAAAUGCUGUUGAUCCAAAUAAAUCAUUAAUUUCGUUUACACCAAUUAAACCUACUGAAAGUGUCCAGCAACCCUCAAUUUCCUUACAAACCUCUACUGUAACUUCAUCAUCCACGUCCUUACCAGUUUUUGGAGCGUCUAAUGUUGGUGGAUUUAAAUUUGGUGAGCCAGCUGGGCUUAAAAAUGACAAUAAACCCAUGACAGGGUUUGGUUUUGGAAGCAAUCCAGCACAAACUGAAAAGGUGGAAACACCAAAAGUUUUGGGAGGGUUUAAUUUUGGAGCUAGUAAUACGACUGCUCAGAAUUCUGCUCCAACUAGUACUCCAUCAUUUUCAUUUGGAUCUAAUCAGGCAAUUCCAAAAAUAUCGUCUGCAUCCUCAUUAAUGCCAGCUACUACUUCCCAAAAUUUGACUUUCCAAAGUCCAACAGCUACAACUUCAGCUAGCACUAAUAUGUUUUCAUUCGGUGGAAAUCAAGCAGCACCGAGUUUUGCUGGUAUCCAAGCAUCAGCUCCUACAUUUGGUCAAUCGACGGCUCAAGCAACCGUGCCUAGUUUUGGUCAAACAACUGGUAUAGGAAUCAAUAAACCACCAGAAACAACAACGGCAAGUGGUGUUGGGUUUAGUUUUGGAGGCACGAAUACAAAUAAGCCAGCAAAUAGUGGUUUUCCAUUCGGAACUCCAAAUCCAACAACUACGGCUAGUUCAACAUUCACUGGAUUUGGUCAAUCAGCUACAACAGCACAAUCUACAGGCCUUUUUUCGUCAGCUAUAACUACAACAUCAGCGCCUUCAUUCUCUUUCAAUUCUAAUACAGUCAGCACAAGUAACACACCAGUUAAUUCUGCAUUCACUGGAUUUGGCUCAGUUAAUCCAACUGUUCAGAAAACAGAAGCUCCAUCAAUGUUUUCAUUCCAAAAGCCACAAACUGCUCCAGUUACAACAAAUUCGACAUUUGGGUUUGGAAAUACAAUGAAUAGUGCAACGACUGCAUUAUCAGCACAACCAUCACAAAAUUCUGCAUUUAGUUUCGGACAAUCUGGUCCAACAAAUAAUAUUAAUACGAAUAAUGAGAAUAAGCCUACAGGAAUAUUUGCUAGAUUGGGCGAUAAACAGCCUGAAAAUAAGCCAUUCUCAUUUGGAGGAAGUAACACUAAUAAUUUACAGCAACCAAAUCCAACCUUUGGCACUGUAAAUACUGCGUUAGGAACAACAACAAGUGCUCCAAAUAUUUUUGGAUCUCCAUCGUCAGCUCCAGCAAAUUCAGGAUCAGUUUUUGGACAAACUCCAGUUCUUGGAAGUAAUAAUAGUACAGGAAAUUUAUUCUCGUCCAAUAAUCAAGCAACAAAUUCGCCAUUUGGAAGCGCUUCAUCACAAAAUAAUAGUAAUAAUAAUAAUAAUCAGCCUCAAUCAGGAGGUAAUCUAUUCGCAUUUGGUGGCGCUCCAUCGGCUCCUUCUAAUAAUAACAGUAAUUCUAAUAAUCAACCGUCUUCAGGAAUGUUUAAUUUUGGAGGAAGUAACAGCAACAAUACUAAUACUAAUCAAGUCAAUCCUUUAUCGUCAUCAAAUAACAUCUUUGGAAGUGCAGGUAAUACCAAUAAUAAUGGUCAAAAUGUUUCUGCAUCAUUUACUUUUAAUCCUUCGACUGGAAAUGUCUCAAAUUCACAACAACCAGCACAACCAACAAGUCCAUUUGGACAACAACAAGGCUCAGCUCCACCACCAUAUCAAUUUGGAACGGCUGCAAUUGGAAAUAAUGUCUCAACAUCAUUUUCAUUCUCUGGAUCUACAUCUGCGCCUGUUACAGUUCAAACGCCACAAUCGAAUGCGCAAAUGUUUAAUUUUGGAAGUUCAGGAACGGGAGCAGUUUCAGGAAAUUUUAAUUUCCAAGGACAACAAACAGCACCGCCUCAACCAUCACCAGUCGGUUCGAAUCUAUUUAAUAUCGGAACGGGUGGGAAUCAACAGAGAAGACCAGCACGAGUAGCAACAAGGAGAUAUAAAUGAUCGUUUUAAUAAUGAAAUUUAUUUGGAUGUAUAUAAAAAUAUUAAGUGAAAAUAUUUAAUAAAACAAUUAAUAUGUAAUGAGAAAUAAUCA